AUGGCGUACGUUGAUAAAGACGGAAAUGUCAUCGAAAAGAAGCAAAAAGGAAUAAUUGAGAUGAUUGUUGGAUUCUUCACAUUUAUUAUCUUAUUCUUCCGCUCCCUUCUCGGCUUCUCCUCCCCACGAAAUCGAAACAGCAACCAGCAGGAUUACAGGAAUAUUGUGAGAGGAGGCGGAGUUAAUGGAGCCAACGGAGACGGAAAUGCGUACAGAAGGAACGGAGGAGGUGGCGGCGGAGGCGGCGGUGGAAGAGACAUCGGACGUCUUCCGAGCGCUUCAGGCAUCGCACCACCACCAAUGGGCGGUGGAUGUUGUGGAGGUGGUGGUUGUGGAUAA